CGGGAGCCCUUGGCCGCCUAUUCGCCUUCCAGUUGCCUCUGCGCUAUACAAACACUCAUUGGUGCCUCCGGCUCCACGCACACACAUUCUUUUACGCACACGCACGCACGCACUGAGGGUGACUUGUAGGCACCGAGAGGGAGGGAGCGAGGAGCGCGCAGAGACAGAAAGGUACACAGAGAGGAGAGGAGACGACAGAAAGUGAGAGAAGCAGAAGGAGGACGGAGCAUCUCCUGCGCACCUUCUCAUCCCUGGAAGUUGACGGAUCUCCACAGGCUGUGAACUCCUCGGAGCUCCACAGAGAUCCAAACUUCUGCAGAAGAUUUUUGACUUUCUUUUCGGUUUUUUUUAAACUUUUUUGGGGGAGUUCACAGAGACGCCACUACUGGAAGAUUUUAUUCCCUCUUAAGCCAAGAUUUUCCAUCUUUGCAGAACUUUGAAAAAAAAAAGUUCAGCUCCGCUUCACUUUUUCCACGUGUCUCCCGGCGUCUUAGUCCAACUGCAGACUUUUGCUUCAGUGAAAAAGAAAAAAAAAAAAACUUUAUAGAAUCCAUGACUGAAAAUGACAUUUCAAACACCAGGACGCUCCUCAGUCAAAAGUGAUUCCAGUCAUUUAAGACAUUAAAACUUUUUGAAGCAGGUUUAUUUUUCCACCUGCAGCAUCUCAGACUUUUAUUCCCACUUUUGAGGCAUUGAAACACAUUUUUUAUUGUUUUACAACUCAAAUUUUUAGUGGAAGAAGUCCCAGUGCGCACACUUCAUUCAUUCUCAGAGCAUCUCCAGAGCGCGCGCGCAAAAACCUGACAUCAGCCACAAAAAAGCAAAGAAACUCCAAAAGUUUUGAGCGCAUCUUUCUCCAGAUUCUUCUGCUCCAUCAUGCUGUUCGACAGCUUCGACCUGGUGUCCGCUCUGGCCACCCUGGCCGCCUGCCUGGUGUCCAUGGCGCUGCUGCUGGUGGUGUCCCAGCAGCUGUGGCAGCUCCGCUGGACCGCCACGCGAGACAAAAACUGCAAGCUGCCCAUGCCCAAAGGCUCCAUGGGCUUCCCCUUCAUCGGGGAGACCUGCCACUGGCUCCUGCAGGGUUCAAACUUCCACGCAUCGCGGAGACAAAAGUACGGCAACGUGUUCAAGACCCACCUUCUCGGCCGGCCCCUGAUUCGCGUGACGGGGGCGGAGAACGUCCGAAAAGUGCUGAUGGGCGAGCACACGCUGGUGACGGUGGACUGGCCCCAGAGCACCUCCACCCUCCUGGGGCCAAACUCUCUGGCCAACAGCAUCGGAGACAUUCACCGCAAGAGGAGAAAGGUUUUUGCCAAAGUCUUCAGCCAUGAAGCCCUGACGAUGUACCUACCCAAAAUCCAGCAGGUCAUUCAGGAGAGCCUCCGGGUGUGGAGCUCCAACCCCGACCCCAUCAAUGUCUACAGGGAGAGCCAGAAGCUGUCGUUCACCAUGGCGGUGAGGGUGCUGCUGGGUUUCAGGGUGUCAGAGGAGGAAAUGAAGCACAUGUUUUCAGCCUUCCAAGACUUUAUCAACAACCUCUUCAGCCUGCCCAUAGACCUGCCAUUUAGCGGCUUCCGGAAGGGCAUCCGUGCACGAGACAUCCUGCAGAAGAGCAUAGAGAAAGCCAUCAGGGAGAAGCCUCUGUGUUCUCAAGGAAAGGAUUACAGCGAUGCCCUGGAUGUCCUGAUGGAGAGUGCCAAAGAGAACGGCACUGAGCUCACCAUGCAGGAGCUGAAGGAAUCAACCAUUGAGCUCAUCUUUGCUGCUUUCGCCACCACCGCCAGUGCAAGCACCUCUCUCAUCAUGCAACUCCUCCAACAUCCCACUGUGCUUGAGCGCCUCAGAGAGGAACUGAGAAGCAAGGGGCUCCUCCACAAUGGCUGUCUUUGUCCUGAAGGAGAGCUAAGACUGGAGACCAUCGUCAGCUUGAAGUACCUGGACUGUGUCAUCAAGGAGGUUCUGAGACUUUUUACACCUGUGUCAGGAGCCUACAGAACCGCCAUGCAGACCUUCGAACUGGACGGAGUCCAGAUUCCAAAGGGCUGGAGUGUGAUGUACAGCAUAAGGGACACUCAUGACACAGCUGCUGUCUUCAAAGACGUUGAGGUCUUUGAUCCAGAUCGCUUCAGUCCGGAACGAGGAGAAGACAAAGAGGGCCGUUUCCACUACCUGCCGUUCGGUGGUGGUGUCAGGUCAUGUCUUGGAAAGCAGCUCGCCACCCUCUUCCUUCGCCUUCUCGCCAUCGAGCUAGCCAGUACCAGUCGCUUUGAGCUAGCCACCCGGCAGUUCCCGCGCAUGACCACAGUUCCGGUGGUUCACCCAGUCGAUGGUCUAAAGGUGAAGUUCUAUGGCCUGGACUCCAACCAGAAUGAGAUUAUGGCCAAGUCAGAAGAGCUCCUGGGAGCGACGGUCUGAGAGAUGAAGGGGCAAAUUGUGCUGGGGGGAGAGGAUGAUGAAAAUGUAUACAGAGAAGACUGAAGGAAGAAAAAAAGAAAUUUCAGAAAGAUUAUUUUCUUUGCCAAGGUGGAGUUUCCUUUGAGGCUAAAACAGAAGCAAUAGUCUACAUCUCCUGUUACAUCUUAGAAUCGGAACUUUCCUUCAAGAAAGAAAGAAGCAGCCAAAAAAAAGUUCUAUAGUAUAAUCUUUCCUGUGUAUUUUUUGAAGAAUUAUUAAAACUAAAAUACGUAAUAGAAAGUUAUGUAAUAUAAUUUGAGAGGUGAACGGGACAGUGCACAAAGGGACGUGGUAAAAUGAAGUGUUAGAGAUUAGACAAUAAAGACGGUUGCAUAAGGGGUUUCAAGAUGGAUAAAACAGGGUAUAGGUUGAAAUAAUAUAAAAUUCUAUUUUAUUUGUGUCUAAUCACAUUCUGCAGGGUAAAAGCAACAAUAUAUUCCCCGAACAUCAACAUUUAUUAAGCAUUUAGAACCAGAAACAACCAAGAAGAGAAUCCAGAUUUUGACUUGUUUCAUGCAAUCAGCGACACUAUGUAAUCGUUUUAGGUGAGUCAAGCUAAGUGAAUAGGCUACUACUAGAUAAAAUAUAAUUGCAGAAAAGUUCAAUAAGUGUGUUACCAGGAAGCCUUUAAAGGGAAUUAAAUGGACGAGUUUUUAUUAUUUUUAGGUAGUCUGUAGCUACUGCACCUCCACCUUUGUGCCAUUCAAGUCACAAACGUUUUUGACAAAAAAAAACUUUUGGGCUUUAAUUAAAGGGAGUAGAACAACUAGGGUUAAAGAAACUAGUGCUAAACUCACUAAGGUCACCAAAAACAGCUGGACAACAAUCGCAGUACUAGCAAAGGUGUUGUGUCUUUUAGUCUUCUACUACAAGGUGUGGUUUCACUAAAGGAAGAUUUAGGAGUCUUCUUGGUUUAAACUAAGGCAUGUCAAGGGUUUUAGCAUGCAACACAACAAUCUGAUUUAGAUUUAGCACACGAAAAAGAAUUAAAACUAAACAGUAGUUGGAAAGAGAACAUGCAAAAGAUAGACAAACAAGGGAGUAGUACGUAGAUACAAAAACUUUCAGGAAUAUCAUUGCCAUUUUAUUAGUUUUAUGAGUGUAAUCAUGCUUCCAUUUCUAUCAACUAAAAAAUUAAUCAAGAAAUAAAAACAAGGAAAAAAUGAUCAACUAACUGAAAAAUGUAGCAUGUUAAUGCUACAAUUAAAAUUAGGGUAAUCCUAAAGUUAGCAUUUGCAAGGUAGUAAGCUAAUGGUAAAGGUAGCAUUGGCAUAAUGAUAAAGUUAGCAUUAGAAAGAUGUCAUGCUAAUGGUAAAGUUAGCAUUAGCAAGAUACCAUGCUAAUAUCUAAUUAAUUACUAGCACUUGCAAAGUAAUGUCCUAAUACUAAAUUUAUCAUUAUCAAAAUUUACCAUUAAAAGAUAGCUAAAGUUAGCAUUAGCAUAAUGCUGAAGCAGGCAUUAGUAAGGUAGCAUGCUAAUGCUAUAGUCUGCAUUGCCAGAAGGUAGCAAGGUAAUAUGCUAAUGCUAACAUUACAUUUUGCAGAAGUCUAAAGUUGGCAUUCGCAAAUAUAACAUGCUAUUGCUAAAGUUACCAUUAACAAUUGGGUAAAGUUAGCAUUAGCAAGGUAGUACGCUAGUGUUAAGGUUAGCAUUAGCAUAAUGCUAAAGUUAGCAUUAGUAAGGUAGCAUGCUAAUGCUAAACUUUGCAUUAGCAGAACAUUAAAGUUAGCUCUAGCAAAGUAUUAUGCUAAUACUAAAGUUGCCAUUAGCAGAACACUAAAGUUAGCGUUAGCUAAGUAGUAUGCUAAUUCGACAUUUACCAUCAGCAGAAGGCUAAAGUUAGCAUUAAAAAGAUAUUAUUCUAAUGCUAAGUUUACAAUUAGCAUACUAUGUGCUAUAUUGAUCUAGUUUGGUAAAAUUAGCCUACUAAUAAAGUUCAAAUUAAAAGAUGCUAACACCAGAGGAGAUGCUGUGUACUGCGGUCCUGUAAAUUUGAGGCGGAACCAUAAUCCAGGUUUUGGACUGAAUGUUUUCUUUACAUGGCUAACCCUCAUAACAUGGAAGGUUAGUAAACUCAGGUGAAGAGUAAACAGUGAUGUGAUAACUAAGGAAGCUUCUGUGUUUUUCUAUAUAAACAUAUACGUUUCCCAGAAUACACUUCUUUCUUGCUGCAGUAAUUCAGAGCUAGACCAAUGCCUUGUUAAUCCUGAACAGAUUAAACAUUUUCUCUUCUCGAGAAGCAUCACAGAACAUCCCUGUUGGUUGUCUUAACCUGUGCUUUGUUUAUAAGCUGCACUUGCAGUACAUGAAUGCUCCUGAGUGAUGCCGCUUUGUCAUGACUUGUUGGACUAAAUCGGGAGAAUGGACAAAGGGACGGGGAGGAUAGUAGGAGACCUGCAUACAUGCUGCUUGAACACCGCCUUCCUAAUCUGUUCAUGUCUAAUGUGUGCUGUUUUCUCCUUCUCAUUGGGGACAGCUGUGUAAACUAUUCCACUAAAACGGUUUGAGCGAGAUCCAUCUUUCGGGACUAUUGCACACCGGGACUCGUUAAGUUUGUCUGACUGUCCUGUUCCCGUAAAGGAAGGCAUUAUCCGAGGAACUUUAGGGAAAUGCUCGGAUGGAGUUCUGAGGCUCUGUUCCAUGUGAUCACGAUGGACCAAUGAGAUUUCAGGGGAGGGAGGAGUCACACUCAGAGGGCUUUUUUUCCAUUGGACAAUCCUCUCGUCCAAUAGCAUUAAAGAUGGACUCCACGACACGCCUUCUUCAUUUUCUAUUGAACGCACCACUGAUUUCUUCAUUUUAAAACAUGAACUAGAUUUUGUUUUGCUGCUUUUCUUGUGUACAUUUUCUAAUUGAGAGUUCUAGAUUGUGAUGGUUUGUAUCAAGUGACGAUUCCUCUUUUUUUAUGAAUUUAUAUAUAUAUAUUAUUUAGCUAACUGAAAUAUUUGAUUUUGUGAGAGCAAAGGAGCAUGAAUAGGAUAUAGUGUAUAUUAGUUUGUAUAGUAUUACUUGGCAAGCCAUGGAGAAAUUAGCUAUUUACAUGAACUAAUAACCUAUUAUUAAUGUUAUUCUAUGAUUAAAAUGUUGUCAUAAGAAAUUCAAAAUGCUAUUUUUUAUUCUAUUACAGAUUUAGAGUUUUUAGCCUACAUGACAAGGUCUUUGUUAAAUACUGAAUGUAUUAAGAAUGUUAUGUAUUUCAGUUUAUAUUGUACACAGUGUUUAAAUUGUUAAUAUUGUCAAUUUGAUUACUGUAAUAAUAAUUUGUUUUGUUAUUCAGACUUAUUACCAUUGCAUUUUUUAUAUUAAAUAUGGAAAACAGAAAGCACUUCCAGAUAUGUUUCUUUUUUAAGUGCCACGCGACUACACUUCCUCUUUGUCUCACCUGUUGGUUUCUCGACCUGUCUUACGUCAACCUGUACAUAUGUGUUUUUACAAAUACAAAAAAUAAAUGAUCAUUUAGUUUGAAUAUAAAUGUUUUUUUUUUGAAGACUUUUAUGUGUACUCCUGUAAUAAAGUAUAAAAUGAAAAAGGA